CUUGGAUACCAUAUAAACUGGGCUUUUCGAGUUGCUUUAAAAAACUAUUGCAACUGCUGUUCCAACAACCCCAAAAUCGACAAAAAAGAAAAUCAGACGGGCAAAACAUAUACCUUGCUUACAGACAUCGCAAUGCUACAAAAUCUUCCUUACGACUUGCAACAAGUCAUUUGCGAGAUGGCCAUAGGUCCUAAUGGCAAUGACCCAUUCGCUUUCCGGGCCAUGCGAGUAUGCAAGCUGUGGGCUCACUAUGUUUGCAGCGUUCUGUACAGGAAUUACAUCAUCAAUGACUAUUUACAGUUCGUCGGCUUUGUCAAAGUUGUCUCGUCAGACAAUCCAUUGUUGCCCUACGGCGCAUAUAUCCGUUCGGUUGACUUGACAGCCGUCAAUCGCUACGGCAUCGACAUGCGCGCACACAAGCUGAUCAAACACUGUCCCAACUUGCUAUCGGUCACAUUGGGCCAUCCUACGUCCGUGAAGCCGUCGACCAUCAUGAUGAUGGCGCGUCACUGCAAGAAGCUGCACUCUCUCCAGAUUGGUGGGCUGGAAAGCCAUCCUUUUAUGCUAGAGUGCAAUUUCGCCUGCCUCAAGAGCCUGCGACAUGUUGACAUUCAUACUACCCCGCUGACUGGUUCUUCGCUGAACUCGCUGCCCAUUACCCUUGAACGAGUCCGGUUGAUGAAACUGGAUAGCUUGGAAGACCAGGAUCUGGCCACCUUUGUCAAGAACCGCAAGAAAUCCCUGAAAUCCCUGGCAAUAAUCCGCUGUGUGCGUUUCAAAGGGCGUAUUAGUGACGUCUUGCAGCCAUUGACCCAUUUAGAACAACUGGAAUUGGUUGGCGCCACCAUUGACGACAAGCGUAUGGAGGGUUUAUUUGAUUUACCUUUUACGCUCAAGAGCUUGCGCCUCUGUGAUACCCAAAUCAGUGAACAAACGAUAUUAGCUUUGGCUGCUGGUCGGCUCAAAGUGCAUCAUUUGGAUAUCUCGCACAAUCCUCUGCUUACAGACGACUGUGUAAAGUCACUGCUGCUGAAGCGCCAUCUGUAAUUUGUUUUUUUUUGUCCCUUUGUUUUGGUUCACAAACGACGACAACAACAACAUCAGCCCCGUAUACAAAUGCCUCCAGCGCUCAGCAUUACUCUUACCACACAGUAACCACAACAACACACCCGCGUCUAUAUAUAUCUCUUGUUUCUAUCACCGACUGUAUAUGUUGUCGCUGUAAAUAACCUCUUUCAAUCAAGCGUCCAUAUGCAACCGUCUUGAAUUGUCGUGUUUGUGUAAUUGAACGGCGUAACAUCGUCUUUUUUUUUACCUGGUUUGGACACGAGUAUAAUGC